GUCACGCUGGGGGGCCGCUUUCAUUGGCUGCUGGUGUGUUGUUCGCCCCACUGCGUGUCGUGCUCUCUGGGGAGCUGAGGGCGAGGAGGAAGCGGGGAAAUGUCACUCUGCUGAGUGAGUGAGGGUCGGGACUGUCACAUCGCUGAGCCUUCCUAGGUGCAACCGCCAGGAUAUUCCCAACGUCUCGGUUUCGGAUAGUAAGACGACAUGAAGGAGCAGACAUGACAGCGAUCACCCUCCAGCUAUUGCGCAGCCUGCAGAACUGACAGCUCUUAUGGCAAUGUAUGAUGAGGACCUCUCCAACAACGCUUUCUACAUAGCCAUACAGAAGCAGAGACCAGACCUGAUCAACAAAGUUGCAGAAGUUCAUGGCAUUGUCCUGGUCCCAUGCAAGGGAAGCCUGUCCAGCAACUUGUGCACGAACCAACAUAUUGAAUCCUAUGUACUCCGACCUAACGAGAGAGGCUUUCUGACCGAAAAUGGACGGGAGAUUUUUAUUCAGGGGAACCUGGUUAAGGUUGGCGUAGGGUUUGGUUAUUCUCUCUCUGUGCCCAUUCUCUUUGAGGAGACCUUCUACAAUGAGAGAGAGGAAAGUUUCAGCAUCCUGUGUAUCGCCCGGUCUCUGGAGAAAGACGAGAAUCCAGAUGAACCCGCCGCAUCAUCGUCUUCUACUUGCACGUUAAAGAACAUAGAAGAUGUGAAAGAAUUCCUGGGAAGACACGUGGAGAAGUUUGAUAAAAACAUUACAUCCUUCCGCAAUACAUUUAAAGUUCAUGAAAGGAAGAGCCUUCGUCAUUACAUAGACACCGUAAAUGCGCUGUACACGAAAUGCCUUCAGCAUUUGCUGCGAGACUCUCACUUGAGAUCAAUAGCGAAGCAGGAGACGCAGAUGAAUCUGAUGAAGCAGGCGGUAGAGAUGUAUGUACACCAUGGAAUAUAUGAUCUCAUCUUCAAGCAAGUGGGAACCAUUGAAGCCAGUGAGGAUGCUGCGUUUAACAAGAUUACCAGAAGUCUCCAAGACGUCCAGCAGAAGGAUAUCGGGAUUAAGACUGAGUUCAGCAUUAACAUCCCUCGCGCUAAGAGAGUCUUGGGCCAGGUGAAUUGCUGCACCUCCCCUCAGCAGAAGCUGAUCUGCCUGAAGAAAGUGGUGCACACCAUCAUGCUGUCACCCAGCCAGAGAGUGAACAUGGAGACGAUGUGCGCCGACGACCUCCUGUCUGUGUUGCUUUACUUGCUCGUAAAAACAGAGAUUCCAAAUUGGAUGGCAAACUUGAGCUAUAUCAAGAACUUCCGAUUCUGCAGCACCCCGAAGGACGAACUGGGCUAUUGCUUGACGUCCGUGGAGGCCGCCAUUGAGUUUAUCCGGCAAGGAAGCCUGACCGAGCUGCCAGCAGACGCUGAGGGGAAUGAUAAAUCGUUGCUAUGGCAGAGAAUGAACUCUAUGUCGCGAUCCUCCUCCGCCCCCAUCGAUUGCUUAUUCAAGCACAUAGCCUCCGGGAAUCAGGAAGAAGUGGAGAAAAUGUUGAACCAGGGUGACGCGGAUGAAGUGGUGGUACAGAAGAUGUGUCAUCCGCUCUGCUCCUGUGAUAACUGUGACAAGUUGGCUUCUGGGAAGCUGAAUGACCCUUCUAUUGUCACCCCAUUCUCUCGGGACGAUCGAGGUUACACUCCCCUACACAUCGCAGCUAUUUGUGGUCAGUCUCGGUGCAUUGAUCUACUGAUCUCUAAAGGAGCGCUGGUUAAUGCCACGGAUUACCACGGGUCCACGCCUCUGCACCUCGCUUGCCAGAAAGGCCAACAGAACAUAUCGCUUCUCUUGUUACAUUAUAAGGCAAGCAGGGACAUACAGGAUAAUAAUGGGAACACCGCGCUGCACCUUGCCUGCACGUACGGACACGAAGACUGCGUGAAGGCUUUAGUCUAUUACGAUGUAAACUCUUGUAGAAUGGAUUGUGGUAAUGAGAAAGGUGACACGGCGCUGCACAUAGCCGCCCGCUGGGGAUACCAAGGAGUCAUUGAAGUACUGUUACAGAAUGGAGCUAGCACCGGCAUACUGAACAAGAGGAAGGAGACCCCGCUGCAGUGUGCUCUCAACUCCAAGAUCCUGUCCAUCAUGGAAAUUGCGCAUGUUGAAGACACGAGGAUGGCGAGUAAUUCAGAGUGGGUCUUGGUGCAGUCACCCAGCCGGUCCCCACCGCGGUCUGCGGACACGAUUAGCCAAGAUUCCUCAGAGUCCAGUCAAUCCUCCUCAUCGGCCAACACCAGACACGAUGACGUGAGGGGUAAAUAUAAAGAGGUGGAAAAACUUUUACGGGCAGUUUCUGAUGGGGACUUGGAAAUGGUCCGUUAUCUGUUAGAGUGGGUGGAGGACGACUUUGAGGAUGAAUCAGAAGAUUCUCUGGCUGGAAAUAAAGAGUUCUGCCACCCUUUGUGCCAGUGUCGGACGUGUGGCCCUGUACAAAAGAAGUUCAGCAAGAUUCCGGCCAGCGGCCUUGGGGUGAAUGUCACCAGUUCGGAUGGGUUCACGCCGCUCCACGUCUCGGCCCUGCAAGGUCAUUCUGUCCUCGUGUCUCUGCUCCUGAAGCACGGGGCUCACGUGGAUGCGAAGAACGGGACCCGUGCGUUACCUCUGCACCUCGCGUGCCUCAAGGGGCAUCUUGAGGUUGUGAAGCUUUUGAUGGAGUAUAGCACAGGAAAAAAUAAGAAGGAUAUGAACGGGAAUACACCACUCAUAUACGCGUGUCUGGGGGGGCAUUUGGAAAUAGCCUCACUCUUACUGGAGCACGGAGCGUCUGUCAACCUCUGCAAUACGAAAGGAAACACCGCGCUACACGAGUCGGUCCGCAGGAGCCACGAGGCUUUAGUGAAGCUGCUUCUGAUGUACGGAGCUUUGGUGGACGUGCGGAACAAACGCCAGUACUCUCCGCUGGACUUUGCAAAGGAAAACAGCAGAAUCAAACAGUUCCUCCUCUCUGCCGCCAACACGACUACAGACGAUGGGUCUGUGACAUCGGACGAGCUUCCCGGCUGCAUCAGGAAGAAAUCAGCCAACUCCAGUCCGAUUGGCUCAGUGACGGCUCUGACACCGGGAAAAGCGGACGUUACAUAUACUAAAGUCACAAAUGAGAAAAGAUCAAUCCGAAGAGAUCAGAGCAUGCCAAACUUUGAUGAGAAUUUAAUAAAUCAGCUCUCCAUAAAUAGACUGGAAGAUGGGAAUGUCAACCUCGAUACUGCCAGAAGCGCUGCUGAAUUCAAGGAAGGUUCAAAGGCCGAUGAACUGGACUCUGUGCUAAAGACGAAGUUUACAGCCAGAAGGCACAGCCUAAAUGUAGCUUGUGUUGUGGACAGCGAGGAUACCCUCAGUGACACACUUAAUGGGACAAACACAAGCUCUCCACUGUCCGAAACCUGUGACGACUUGGAGAAAGAAGUCUGCAACCAAGAACUGUCUGACAUGAACUCCAGAAAUAAUCUCCAGAAACUUGACGACCUGGAGUGUUCUGGAAAGCCGGAAUGUUGCUGCGUGGCUUGUACUUUAGCUCUAGAAUCUCCGUGGUCCUUGGUUGACUCUUCGAGUCCGAUUUGCUGUGAUGGAUCCGAACAGGAGGACCUCAGUGGCGUCAGUGCUUAGCUGUGCCUGUCCCCACCUGCUCGCUAACUAUACUUUUAGGGUUUUGCUGACACAUUAACCAUGCUGCUGUGGUUUAACCGUAUCCUAUCCAGGAAAUGCCGUUACCGAAUUUGAUAAGUGUGGGAGAUCAGGAAAUUGCUGGUGUACAACCAGUAAUCCCUGUAACCAAUGUCUGUUGUCAUUGUGGAGUUUUCAUAUCAGAUGAUUGUAUCACUAGGCCAAACACUGUUUUACGGGGUAACCAAUCUUGAAUACUAAAUUUGCACAUUUACACAGCCUCACGCCCACGACUGUUCACAUUUAAGGGGUUUGUGAAUUUAUAUAGAAGAAUAGUGAUAGUAGCACAGACUAGUCCUGAUAUUUAAUAUUAUUGCUGAGCUAGGAAUAUGCAAUACUGAUCCGAUAGUAAUCACGCUUAAGAAUCAACAUUUGCUGUCCCUAUUUCCGUGUCCUCAUCAGUGUUGCACAGGUAUAUAUUUUCUCAUGUCUAUAAAACACGUGGCUGAUCUGGAGAAAUGGUGAAAAUAGAUUUUCCCUAGCUUUCUAUGGUUUACUUGACACUUUUAAAGUUGUCCGCCAGAAGAUGACUUUAAUGUAUUGGCUUGUUUAUACCAACUACUUUUAUCGUAUAAAACAUAGAUUGUUUUAGCUUUGUGGCCUCCUCUUGUGGUUUUCCAUCCGGUCUUCCUGUCGCACAAAGCUGUGUAUUUUGUUACCCUGAGAUACGACGUACUCUGUGGAUCUCCUCCAUGAUUGGAAUACUAUCUUGAAAGUAAUGGCUGUAAAUAGUAAAGAGUAUGUACAAGCCGGUACAUUAAAUUCACCUGCAGGUGGAAAGAAUCUUUGAUUAAGAGCGACUAGUACCUGUGGCUAUUUCUGGUUAGGGAUAUUAUAUUAGCAAAACUUACUUAGACUGUUGGUAAGUGGCUGUAUUUUACUGCACUAAAUAAAUACAAGUAUUUUUCUAA